AUGAAGAAACAUUCCUUUAAUGUCCAUUCUUCGUUUCUGAAUCAUCAUCAUCACCCAACAACACAUGGAAAACAUUCCAACCAUCAUCAGUUCAACAAGAAUGAUUUUUAUGGAAAUAAUAGAUAUCAUAGAGAUGAGAAUAAUGAACAAGUAGAAAAUUCAACUUUUCCGAACAAGGCUCAAUCUUCUUCUUCCGAAUCUAGCUUUAACAACAAGAGUGUAUCUUGGCUCGGACUCACUCGAGUGAAUAAAGUUGAUGAACGGUUUAGAACGAAUCAAUCCCGAGAUUUAGCUUUACAAUUUUUGGAUGAUGAGGAAGAACUCAAAAGUAAUGAGCCAACAAUCACCCAAGAGAAUGAUGAAACACAUGAGCAAGAUAACAAUGAAAAUAGAAAAAAACGAAAAUAUAGCAGCGAGGAAGAUGAUGAAGAACUUGAUGAUACCCCUCGAUUAUUUGAUGAUGAUGUUGAAUCUGAACAAGAAGAGGACGAAAGAGAACUCGACAUUUCUGAACGAACCAACGAUGCUACAACAGCUGCAGUCAUUAAUAUUUGGGCAAAGAAACAGAAAAUUAAUGAGCAUAAGGAUGUGCGGUUGGGAAAUGUUUGGGUCAUGAGCAAUGCUCGGGUGCCUGUGGAUAAGGCAUCACUUUCGAAAAAUAUUACCGAUGCAUUGCAGAAUCGACCAAAUCCAAUUCAUGAGCUAUUUGCUGUCCAGAGAGCUGUCGUUCCAGUUUUGAUAGCUAUGAGCAAGAGUGGAACUCCUGGUGACAUUUGUAUUGGCUCACCAACUGGUAGUGGUAAAACGCUUGCCUAUGUUUUGCCUAUUGUUGAAGUGUUGUCAUCACUCAAGUUCACGAAACUGAGGGCCAUUGUUGUGACACCAACACACCAAUUAGUGAACCAAGUGGCUUCAGUAUUUCGCUCAUUUGAAAGUUGCACUUCUCUAACAGUGAAGGCGCUCAAUCCACACAAUCGAUUCGAGAUUGAACAAGCAGAAUUAAUCGAUCCUAACACAGGAGACGCAAAAGUUGACAUUGUUGUUGGACAACCUUAUCUAAUUUAUGAACAUAUCAAAAAGACCAAAGGCUUCACCUUAGAAAAUUUGCGAUUCAUUGUGUAUGAUGAAGUUGAUGCGUUACUUUCUGACGAACAUUCUUCCUUUGUUAAAGGAAUUUCUGACGCUUAUCAUAAUUGUGAUGCUGUGAUCAAUCGACGAGCAAAAACUCAAAUAAUUCCAAACAUUCCACUCCCAGUUGCUUAUUCCUUUGCAAGAACCAUUUGUUGUUCUGCGACUAUUACACCUCAUGCUGGUAAACUGGAUAUCAUCAAAUUAUUUAGACCUCAAUUUUUCACAUAUCUUGCACCUGCAAAAUUGAGGGCUUCCUUAGACAUUUCUAGCUCUCUUGAGGAUCCUUUGGUUGGAAAGAAAUACUACAUUCCAGACACUCUAGCUCAAUUUAUUGUUAAAUAUGAAGCCGUCACAAAACCACUGUAUUUAAUUGCUCUUCUGCUGGACAACAAGUGUCGAAGUAAAAAGACUCUUGUGUUCUGCAAUGAUGCUUCAACUGCUAUGCGAUUAAACAUGCUGUUAGAGACAGCAGUAAGUGAGGGAGCAUUUAACUCGAAAGAUGCUUUUGGCGUAGCUCCUGAACUCAACACAAAGUUUUCUAGAUAUUAUAAUCCAAAGGACAAGAAGUCAACAAGCAUUCUUUCUCAAUUUAAGAAAGGAGUAUUUAAUGUCAUGAUUUGUACAGACGUCAUUGGAAGAGGUUUUGAUAUCGAAGUUGAUUUUGUGAUCAAUUAUGAUGCUCCUCUAACUUUAAAGACCUACAUUCACAGAAUUGGUCGUACCUCUAGAGCUGGAAAAGAAGGAACGUCCUUUACAUUCUUGACUGGCCCAGAAAUUGAGACGUACAAAUCAAAAUUAAUGGCACGAGCUGAGAUGAGCAAUUUAUUGGAAGAAUUCAUUAUUCCUCACAAACGUUUGAACAAAUUUGUUGAGCCAUUCAGAUUCCUUAUUGACAAGUACAAGGAACGAGUGACGCGAUCAACAUUUAGGAAGUAA